AAGUACCUUAGUCCAUUUAAGACCACCGAAACGAAAAGUUGCGCAGAUUUUACGAUGAGGAGUGUUUUUUUCAUAUUUGCAGUAUUUUGUAUUUUGGCUGGGUUAAAGAGCAGUGAAGGCUGCAGUAAUGCAAAUUGGCGACUUUAUAAAAUGAAGUACCAGAAACACUAUGACUCUUUAAUAGAAGACUUCCGUCGCCGUGCUAUAUACUGUGACAAUCUACAAAAAAUAAAUGCACAUAAUGCGCGCUAUAAACGCGGUGAAGUCACUGACGAAGAGGGUAUAAAUCAAUUUGCCGAUUGGACUCAUGAGGAAUUUGUAGAUUGGCUACAUGGCAAAAAUGUGUAAAACUCAGCUAUGUAUUAUAUAAAAAUUAAUAAAUUAUAAAAUAAAGAGAUUUUAAGAUAAACU